UUACCCCCACCUAUAAAUAAAUUUUUUUAAUACAACAAGCUGCUCCUAUAUACCUUCCUCUGUCCCCUUCUUAGUCAUUUUUAAAAAGAGUUCAAUGCUAAAAUGGCCGUUGUGCGCAGUUGUCUGUGUUUAUUUACGUAUUUUACUUAUUGUAAAUUUACUUAAUAAUAAAAACAUUAAUUUAAAGGGACGACAAUAAUUGAACGAUUAAUUAUUUAAAUAAAGUAUUAACUGUCGGAGAGUGGAGUUAUAUUAUAUUAUUAUGGUGGAUUUUUUUAUGCAACUCAUCGAUAUUGGUAUUUCUAACCUAAUUGUCAAGGCUUCUCGAAACUUCGUGUUUACCAGUUAACUUCAGCAGGAGGAGACACUAUCAUCAAAAGAAAGGAAAAACAAUUUGUUUUUGUUUGCUCAUGAUAUACAUUUAUAGUUGAGAUUAAAUGUGAAAAUGAAAUGUUUCCACAAACAUUAAAUAUUGAAACGGGAAAAAUAAUAACGAGCAUGGCAGAAGAAGUGCUGCCGGCUAGUUUGAAAAAACUUGAAAUUGAUCGACUUACUAAUAAUCCUCAUAUUGGUGGUAGCAACGAAAAAUUAACAACAGCAAAUCCAUUUCGUUCAAGUGGCCGUGGUACAACUGGUGACACUAGUUAUUUAUUUCGUAGAAGAUCGAUGCCAAAUCGUCCAACACCAAACUUUGUAAGCCCACGUGGUGUUAAAUGUACAACGAAUUUCAAACCAUCUAAAAAUGAUAAAUUACUGGAUGGACAGAAAAAAAAUUCAAUUAUAAAAGAAGCCGUAUUAAAAUUAAAUAAUAAUAAUUCGUCUACGUGUUUAAGUGAUACCUUGGCUAGUACAUUAUUACAAGAGGCCUGUAAACUAAGUAUUUCAAGUAUUAGAAAUCCUAGAACAUUUGGACAUGGUUCGGUGACGAAAGAUUUCAAGGCUCUGAAUAUUAAUACUGAUUCGCGAUUGGCUAAGGAUGAUACCAGUUUACCUGAAAGCUCUUACCAUACUAGUAGUUUUAAAAGAGCAAGAAGUAACACCAUGCCUAGUUUAAAACGACCUGGACCUGGACCUGGUGGCGGCGAAGAAACCAAUAAUUCUGUCGCUGCUGCUGCUGCUGCCGCUGUCGCAGCUGCUUCUACUGCUAAUAUACCUGGUAAUAAUAGUAAUAAUGAAGGAAUUUAUUCAUCAAAUAAUGCUGGUCAAUCAACGAGCGCAAAUACUUGCUCUAUACAGGCACGAAUGUCACCACCUUCAUCGUGCGACGUAACUAUUGAUGAACUUGCGAGUUACUUUGAAGAGUUUGUUCAUAUUCCAAAGAAGAUGUCCAGAAUGGCUGAAAUGAUGUAUAUCUAAUGCAUAAUUAAUCAAUUUUAUGCAUUAUCAUUAUUAUUAACUAUUGAUAAUUAUUAUUUUUA